UAUACGGACAAAAAAUUGCCUGACCGCUGAGUUUGGAAUUCCCUCCUUAUUACUCAGCUCAACUUGUCUUUCUUUCUUCCUCUUUCCUCGGCCCGAGACAUCGCCCUCAGAUCAUAGGGAGAGGUGAGGUGAGGUAAGGCGUUUUUGUUUCCGUUUCAAUGAAUAAUUACAGGCAAAGAAAUGGAGAGAUAUGGGCGUUUGAGAAUGCUCCUAAACAAGAAUUGCAAGCAGCUCUAGCUCAUGAUCACUGUGAAAAUGCUGAUGGGUAUGAUGGUGUUGUUCUGGGUUUGGAUGGUGGGACCACCUCCACUGUCUGUGUAUGUAUGCCAUUUCUUCCUUUCUCCAAAACCCUCCCUGAUCCUCUUCCUGUUCUUGCUCGUGCAAUUGCUGGUUGCUCCAAUCACAACAGCAUAGGAGAAUCUUCUGCCAGGGAUACAUUAGAAGACAUUAUUGCUGAGGUCCUCUCAAAAUCAGGUUCAAAUAGAUCUGCUGUCCGUGCGGUUUGCUUAGGCAUUUCUGGUGUUAACCAUCCAAAUGAUCAAGAAAGGGUUCUAAGUUGGCUAAGGAAAAUAUUUCCCGCCCAUGUGAAAUUGUAUGUCCAGAAUGAUGCUGUUGCUGCUCUGGCAAGUGGGACCAUGGGAAGGCUUCAUGGAUGUGUACUAAUUGCUGGUACAGGCUGCAUUUCUUAUGGGAUAGCUGAAGAUGGUAAAGAAGCUCGGGCUUCUGGUGUAGGGCCUAUUUUAGGUGAUUGGGGGAGCGGCUAUGGCAUUGCUGCUCAGGCUUUAACUGCAGUAAUAAGGGCUCAUGAUGGUCGUGGUCCACAGACAAUGCUUACUGAUAAAAUUCUGAAGGCACUGGAUCUUUCUUCUCCUGAUGAAGUCAUUGGGUGGACUUAUGCAGAUCCAUCUUGGGCAAGGAUUGCAGCUCUUGUUCCAGAAGUGGUAUUUUGUGCAGAAGCUUCUGAUCAAGUUGCAAAUAAGAUCUUACUUAAAGCAGUCCAGGAGUUGGCUCUAAGUGUGAAAGCUGUUGUCCAAAAACUCGGUUUAUGUGGUGAAGAUGGAAAUGGUUCUUUUCCUGUUGUGAUGGUUGGAGGCGUCCUUAAAGCUAACAAGAGUUGGGAUAUAGGAAAAGAAGUUGUCAAAUGUAUUCAGGAGUACUUCCCUGGGGCUUAUCCAGUCAGACCACAGGUGGAACCAGCUGUUGGGGCAGCUUUGCUGGCUUGUAAUUUCUUAAUGAAAGAAUCAAAAGAGAACAACCAUAGCUGACAAUGACUGUGCACUCUACUCCACGCAUUUUAGCCCUGCAACUGAAAAGAGAAGAGAGAAAAAAGACUUCCUAGGAAAUUAAAAUUUAUUUCAUUGUACGGCAAAUUCAGCUGUAAACAGUUCUCUUCACCGUCCCUUGGAAGGACUAUUUAAAAUAAAAAUAAAAAUAAAA